UAUCCUACCACGGAGUUUCUGCUAAAUCAAAUGAAAUGGGCGCAGUCAGUAGUGGAUUUGUUGCUCAACCUUCUAAACCUGAUUUUUGUGUUGUUGCAUCUGAAGAAGCACAAUCAGUUCCUACUUCUAUUCGUCCAGAUUCUUCUUCUCAAGUUCACAAUAAUGUUGAAUAUCAGAAACUGAAAUCAAAUCCUUCCGCUGUCGUUGGCAAAGAAGACGAUGAUUCCACCGAUUUUGUGAAUUUUCAGUUGAAAGACAUUGGCGAAACUGAAGUGAAUCAUACCGACAGUAAAAAUCCUGAAAGAUCGACGGAGUUAGCCGUUCUUCACAACAAAUUAAACUGUCCGGAUUGUUUUCAGAUUGGUAGUGAUGAUUCUCGUAGCAUAUUUGAUCGUGGUAAGUAUUUUGGGAACUUGAUUCUUAGCUUUGGGUUCAAAUCAGAUUUUGGAUUUCUAUAUUUGAUAACUCCCCUGUGUGUUCGUGAUACUGAAAAUUUUGUGGAUGGGAAGCUGCUUGCUAAAAUGCCUGAGGCUGUAACUUGGAAUUUGGGGAAUGAUAGAGAUGAUUUUCUCUUACAACUUCAACAAGGUAAGAUGCUUAUUAAAAUGCUUCCAAUGGAUAUGUGUGUUUUGAGCACAAAUUUUUUUCUCAACCACACACUGCAUACUAGGAUGUCUUUUAGCCGUUGUUUCAAGUAUGUUGCUAUAGUAUUUGAUCGUGGGAAAGGGUUCGAUAGAUCAAUUUCGAUGAAAUACUACAAUGGAAAAUUUGAUCAUAGGCUUAUUAGUAUGCAUGGGUUUGAAUCAGAUUUUUCGUUUUGUGCUUCUAUUUUAUUGGUGUUUGUUACAAAUGGUGCCAGUGAUGAGAGUGGUAAGUUGUUUGCAAAAUUUUCACAAGGAAAUAGUUUUCCCAUGAAUACUUCUUUGUUUGAAGGGAUGCUAAUGUGUGAGAUUACGAACGUUCAUGAGUUGUCUCAUCAAAUGCUUGAGAUGUGGGAGGAGGGAAUUUUUCUUUUCCAGCUGAAAUAUGUGUUUCCUAAGGCGCUUAUUGGUUGUCAGUUUGUGUAUUGGGGUGAUCUUGGUGAUAGCAGUAAGAUGCAUGCUGAAUUCUCGGCGAGGAGUAUAUUUUUCUUUCUCUUGUUGGCGAGAGUAUUGUGCUUUCAGAAGGCUCGUCAAUAUUUGGUUCAAGUGCUUGGUUGGAAGGGAGCAGAAAAUUAUUCUUUACAGCUAACAUGUGACCUGCUGGAGGCAAUUGUAGCUCAAUUUCUGUUUCUCUUACCUACUUCUGCAGGGUUUUUUAGGGUGGAAUUGUUCAGGGUUAUCAUUGCUAGACAAACAUGUGAUAUGCACCCGAUUCUUUUGCAAGAGCUUCGCACUCUGUUAUCUCUUAAGCACUGUCCAUUACUCACAUCUGCAACUUAUGGCAGAAUUAUGAUUCAAGAGGGAUUUAAGCAGUUCAUUUUGAGUUCUCUGCACACAUCUUAUUGUUCUUGUGAGUUCUGCAUUUUCGGAAAGGGGUUAUAUGUGCAUUAUUCCUUACCUGCACCUAAUAUCUACAACAGUUAUAUGAUGCCAGUAGGUAUUAUACUGGGAACUCAGAUCUUAGUCGUGGGAUUUCAGCUUCUUAAAAUGUUGUUAUGGGUAGGAUACUUGAGGUGGAAGUUCAUAUUGGUUCCACCUGCGUUACUGGUUAGAUGGAUUGAUAACAGUUUUCUCUCAGUUGUGUGCCUUGAUGAAAAAUGGAAUUAUAUAAGAAAUUUGUUCUGCAAAGCUGAGGUCCAUAAUCAAAUUGCAACCACUCUUAUGCGGAGCAAUGUGCUUCUGACAAGUUUACUGAACUUUCGCUCCAAGAGUUUCAAUGUUGUCUAUUUGGUUGUACUCCAGAAUUUUGACAAAUUCGUGGAAAAUGAUAAGGGGUGGAUUUAUAUGGUUGGAAGAAGUGAAGUCCAAGGUAUAAAUUCUGUUCCGAUGUUGGUUGAUGAACAACCACCUGAUCAAUCACUUGUUGAAGUAUAUGUGCAUUACAACUUGCAGAAAAAUUGUCAAUGGAUUGAUGGGCUUAAUUUUGAAGUGUGCAAGGUUAUCACAGAAAUAUUCAUUGGCCUUGCUAAAUUUCUAGACUCUUCUAGUUCCUUUGUUUUCGAUAGGGGGAAAGUUUUUUCAAAUCAUAUGUGGGGUUUCAGGUACUCUACAAUAAAGAUUGCUAACUGGACAGAACUUGGGAUCAACAUUCUUGUUCAUGGGGUUCUUUACACAGAUGACAUCAUGGAGAUUCAUGUUGUUGUCUUAGCAACAACAAAUGAUGCUUCAAGCGGUAUUUUAGUUAGUGCUUACUAAGCUGCGAGUGGUGAAGUUAAUGUGUGCCCUAGAAAGUUAACUUUGCAGAUUGAAUUGGAGGGAUCGCAUGUGGCCAGUUGAUUGUGGCAGCUCAGCAUUCUAACCCAACAAUGGCAAACAUUGGCGGCUAGUCUUCUUGGCGUGUUAGCGAAAAGUACAUACUGACACAUCACUACAUUCUGGACUUUUAUGAGGAUUUCAUCUUCGAGUUGCAGGAACAUAACAAGAUCGUAAAGACAGCCACUUCAGACCCAAUCCCAUCCUUGAGGAUAAGGAUGUUCUUCGAGGUGUCGGUAAUGUCAUGUACCGUGUAUGAGAGGGGAGUGCCCAAUAUCCUAUUAGUGUCGGUAUUUAGUAUAAGUAGUUGGUGGUAGUAUUUAACUUAAGUGGGUGUCCUUAUCAUUGUAAUGAAUGGGUUAGAUGUAAACAUCUGGUGGCAUUGUAGCCGUUGGUUCUAAGGGUAAGAUCUAAGUUUAUAAGCUGAAAGUCCUGUAAUAGUUAUGGUUAUCAGAUUAUUAAUCCAAAAUAGAACUUUGUUCUA